AUGAGAACAAAUAAAAUUAAUGAUGAUGGUACUUAUUGGAAAUUAUAAUAUGAACAACUCAAAAAGUAAAAGAAGAUAUUUUAUAACAACGAUACCAAUUAAUAAUUAGUGUCAUAACUAUAAGAAAAAUGCUCAAAAUAUGAACAAUAAAUUCAGAAGUUGAAUUAAAUAAUUAAAUAAGCCUCUCCAACUAAAACUUCAGAUAAUUCCUUUUAAGAUUUUGAAAUUAUUAAAGUACAAUUUAAGUCUGAAAUUGAUCAAAAAGAUUCAUUAAUUCUUCAAUUACAAAGAGAUAACCUUAAUAUUUAAAAAGUUGCUUUAGAAUAGUUAAAAAAAUCAGAUCUACAAAUUGAACAAUAAAGAUGCUAAAUUGAUUAAUUAAAACUUUAAAUAGAAGAGUAAAAUCAACUUAUUUCCCAUUUAUAAUAAAAGUUGUUACAGGAACAAUAAGAAACUAAAGAAUUCAAAGAGAAAAUUAUUAUUUGUGAAAAAAUGAAUGAAGCUUUGGAAUCCACUAUUGAUACACUUAAUCAGAAAAGUUAAACAAAUAGAGAAAAACAAAGUAAGGAAGUUUAAUAGUGGAUGCAGAAAUAUAAAAAAAUUGAAUAAGAAUAUUUAAUCUUAAAAACUAAAAUUGAAGAUCUCUCCAAAUAAAAUUUUGGUAAAUAUAGUGUCGAAAAUCUUGACUUAGCAUCUGUAAUUGAGAAAAUUAAUGAAAGAAUUAACCUAUUAUUAGAGGAAUCCAAAGGAUUAAAGUUAGAAAAAUAAUAAUUGAGUUCUGAAAUAACUAAACUUUAAAAUAAAUUAACUUAGGUUGAAAGUUAAAGUUAAUAAUAAGUUUAAUAAAUUUUAGAAUUACAAACAGAAAUCAAUUACUAACAAUUAAAAGCAAAAUCUAGUAUACAAAUUUUAGAUGAAUAAUAAUAAAAUAUUCCACAAAUAAUAAUCUAAUCAUCAGAAGAUAAAGAUUAAGAGAAUGAUUCUAUUCCUUAACAAGAAGUGUAAUAGGAAGUUUGAAAAUGAUCCUUUUUAUAUUGCAUAUUUAUUCACCAC